AUGGCUGCCGUGGAGGAUCCAAUUACAAGGAGAGGCGGAAUUCGAGAAUUUGUGAGGACCGAGCCAAGUUGGGAUAUGCGUCUAGGACCCCGUUGGGAAUACCAGGGACGAAUCCGCAGAACCAAUAGAGCAAUUAUUGCACAUUUCAAAUACGAAGACCAGGAAGGUGAAGAUAACAAUCCUCCCCACACUAAAGAUGUAGUUGUCAAGAUCCAAUUGCGACGGCCUGUUAUAGGAGGUCGACCCAAUGGCUAUCCGGAAAAUUAUGAUGGGUUCCUUAGUGAAGGACGAUUUCUCCAAUUUCUCUCUGGAUACUAUGCUUGGCACCCUUAUGACAAUCGCGACUGCAUACCCGACCGGCCCCACAAUAUUCUGAGGCAUUUCCAUGACCAAACAGUGCCGUCGAAAGAGAGUGAACCACUCAAUCGGAAUGCGAUCUCAUUCUUGGAAUAUUGUCCUGGUAUUGUGAUCAGUCUUUCGCCCGAGGAUGAGACUCGGUAUUAUGACUUGGAUGUCUUCGAUAGGAAUAAUGUUGAAUUUAUCGAAGAGAUUGAUAUAUGGAACAUCUUUAGGCAGUUUACGAGGAUGAUUCUGAUGAUGGAUUGUGGCAGUGAGAUUCCGAGAACGACCCGCCAGAGGCGGUCCCUUUGGGAAACACGGGAAAUGGAGAUAUGCCAUUACGAUAUUCAGCCGAGCAAUAUUUUGAUUGGAUAUAAGAAUUAUGAGAAAGACCGUGUUCCGGUACUUAAACUGUGCGAUUUCGGGGACGCGCUUCAGGUUCCUCAGUUUACUAAACAACAACAUGCCGGAAGGUAUAGUUUCCCAAACCAAAGGAAUGGUCGACCGGGCUACCAGGCUCCCGAACAACUCAUUGCCGAAACAGAGCAUGUAAAUCCAUUCCGCCAUGGCACAUGUAGCAAUAUAUUUCAAUUUGCAAACAUCAUCCGUCUUCUGAUGCACGGAGGAAACUUUGGUAGACAUGCGAUCCAUCCCGAAGAUCCAGAUUGGUGCGACGAUUACUUUGGAGAGUAUACCAACACCGCGCCAAGAACAUACGGAUAUUCUCUCUCCGAGGGCGACAGUAGAGUAAAUGCACCGGGACCCAGAAGUUACAGCGAACGUUUAAUCAAAAUCGUCCAAGAAUGCAUGAAGGAAAAGCCCGAACUUCGCCCCCGUCCCUUAAAUCUCUUCCACUACAUCAACGACGGGUUUCGUGACAACGACCUCUUGUACAACGAUCCCGACUAUCCCGGACCAGGAGAAAAUGAACUGCACCGCCCCAAGAAACCUCACAAACCCAACGCACAAAUCUUCCAAUACCCACCCAUCCAUCCUCUCUUCGCCCUCGCCACGCUCGCCCCCCCUCACUUCCGCACCCCCCAACCCAGCUGGGAGAAAGAUUUUUCCGAAUUCUACGACGUGGAAGAAUUUGCCUGGCCGCCCACGCCCCGCACCCUCACCCCCGAUUAUGUGAGCGCAAAAGUCUACAACGAGGAUUUUAUCUACACCGGCGACGAUCUGCCCGAGGUCGAUCACGAGACGUAUCCGCGCUCGCAGCCGCAGGUUCCGGAGCGGUAUCCCCAUGGUCCGCCCAUGAUCGAUCAGAGACCCAGUGUGAAUAUCCCCGAUCGGAGAAUCGAUGUCCCCGGGGGGGUUGCGAGGAAUUUGGGACUGUUGAAGUAUUAUGAUCGCUUGGGUCAUAUGUGGAUGGGUGAGGAGAAUUAUUGGAAAAUGUUGGAGGCGGGCUUGGAUCCUGAGACGUAUAAUUGGGGGAUGAGCAUUCCGGACCCGGAGAUGGAUGAGGAUGAGAAGGCGAUGAGUGGGCCGGAAGCUGGGGAGUGA